UUCCGUUUGCCUUGACUGCUAUAUACCGUCCGCGGCCUUCGGGGUAUUGAUUUUGCUUUUUGCGAGCACUGCUUAGGACGAAUAUAUCGAAUUUCGCGGCUUCUUUAUCACAGCUGAUGGCCAGAGCAGAAGCGCACUCUUUCUCUUUACUUUCGCAUAUUUUUCGAAGAAGACAUUUAUACAAACAAACGUCAACUGUCAAUAUAUUUUUGUUUGAUAUUGUUGAUCGUUCGGGCGCUCUCUUCGUCAGUAUAUUUUUGUAGUUGUCACGGUUCAUCGUUCGAUUUUACUUUGUUGCCAGACAACGCGCGUGAAAAUACCAUGGAAACCUGAAAGACUUCUGCUUAGCAAUUGUAAUGGAAAAUUUACCUGAGUCACGGAGUAAUUCGAAACAAGAGGAUGAUUCACCGGAAAAUAUCGAUAAUGCUGAAUCGGAGUCGGCGAAAUAUCAAAUAAGGCCUAAACUUGAAGAAAAAUUCAAACCAAUGUUGGCUAAAGAGGUGAUUCACAAUGUUUUGUACGAUCGGUUAUCAAAUAAAGAGUAUGACAGAGAACAGGCUCCAAAUUGGGCAAAAGAAAUUGCAGAUAUUAUCAGAGAAAAAAUGAAAAAACUGGAGUUCAAGAGAUACAAGUACGUUGUGAGUGUUGUAGUUGGAAGUCGAGAAGGAGCUGGUGUAAAAGUUGGUACUCGUUGUAUUUGGGAUGCUGAAGCAGAUUGCUAUGCAUAUGAUAGCUUUUUGAAUGACACAAUUUUCUGUGUAACUGCUGUCUAUGCAAUUUAUGUUUAUUGAAGUUCGAGUGAAUGAUUAUUGUUGAUCUAUCUAGCGACAAUUAAUUUAUACACAAUGUAAAAAGUGAUUCAUGACAUUUAUUAUAUGAUAU